GCUUGGUUCCCGAUGCCUCUGGUUUUCUCACACCCCGGAUUGGGAUCCGGGAUCUACGCCAAGCUGUCUAGCAUCGUUGGCUGAACGGCUGGCUCAGUUGUUUGGAGUCCCAUCCGAUAUAAAGACGAGUCCAAUCGCAUCCUAUCGAUGGGUUUCGUUUCGGAUCACCACCCUCAAACACAAGAUCUCAACCAAACCCCCCACCCUCCCCCUUCCCUUCAACACUUCACCGUCGCCGACUCGCAAGUCAAGAUGAAGUUCUUCACCGGUAUCGCUCUUCUUGCCUCCAUCGUGAGCGCCAACCCCAUAGAGCUCUUCGGCAGGGACGAGCCGCUCCAGGCCAAGCUCAUCCGCGGCGCCGGCAACACGCUCGUCAAGAUCGCACUGACAAACGCGGGCAAAUCGGCUAUCAAAGUCUUCGUCCCCGGUACCAUCUUGGAUAAGGCCGCGGUUGAAAAGGUGGCUGUCUACUCCAACGAGACCCGACUAUCAUUUGACGGUGUGCGGUUGCGCAUCGCCCCGCAGGACCUCAUGACGGAAGAUGCCUUCCAGACAAUCAAGCGCGGGCAGACGAUCGAGAUCAAGUUUGACUUUGGAGAGAUGCACGACCUCGGCGACGGCGGCAUCUACGACCUCAGCGUCAAAAGCGGCAUCCCCUUCGCCAAGGCGGGCACGACCGAGAUCAUCGGCGCCAUCCCGAUCAACAGCAACACGCUCCGCAUCAAGGACGUCGAUGCCAAGAAGGCGGCGCUCACCCGCAUGGCCUUCCACCAGUCAAUCAAGCGCACCCUCGUCCAGUCGGACUGCAAGGGCGUCGAGAACAACACGGUCAACACGGCGCUCAUCACGUGCGCAAGGCUCUCGCGCGCGGCCGCCAACGGCACCCAGGACGACGCGAGGAUGAGAGAGUACUUCAAGACGGCCUCGCCGGUCGCCAAAAAGAUCGUCGCCGACGUCUUCAACAGGGUCGCCAUCGAGUGCAACAGCCGCACCAGGGGCGUGUCCAUGCAGUACUGCGGCGACGUCUAUAAGUCGUGCUCGCCCGGCGUGCUCGCCUACACAGUCCCCUCGCUCAACUACAUGGUCAACUGCCCUCUCUACUUCACCGCGCUCCCGCCUCUCAGCAAGACUUGUCACGGACAGGACCAGGCCACGACGACCCUCCACGAGAUGACGCAUUUGCUCCAGAUGAAGGGAACCCUUGACUACGGCGUCUACGGCUAUGAUGCGCUCAAGACGCUCCCGGGACAGGAAAACAUGAACCACGCAGACACGUACUGCCUGUUCGCUAAUGCCAUCAAUCUCGGCAAGGGUUGCUAGAAAACGGUGUGCCUACAGAGGCAAGUCAGUACGGGCGACAAGUCCAGGCGACUGUCGAGGGCAAAAAGUAAUCUGAGAAGGCGCAAAACCGGAGAGCAAUGAGUUCAGCUGUUUAUAUUAAACGGGGAGGGCCAAGUACGCCAGGAGCCUGAGAUGUUCCAUGUAUAGGCGCCGGCUUAUCACCACCACUAAUACUUUGGAGCGGACGUUGGAGAUUUACUUUGGCGACGAAGGGGCGCAUUUUAGAUAUGCCAAAGGCGGCACACAUUCAUAGAAACGAAAUAAUGAUUCAAACCCAAGAUAUUGUUUGCUGGGACCAAUGACAUUGUGCUGGCGGGAUUUCGAGUCAGUGUUCGUUGACGUUGAACCACACGGAAUGUUGUACGUUCGCAGCCAUUGCGAAUCAUACAGGAUGCGGACGAUUCUCUGCCGGUCCGACACACCACCGGGUCAGGUCCGACCCCCCCUUUAUCGGAACUGGAACUGGAACUGAGACCGUUGGUCCGUUGGCGAUCAAGGGAAGCAGAU